AUGACGCCCCUUCAUCUUCGGGAUCAUUCCGAGAAGAUGGCCAUCACGAUCGCGGAUCUCGCAGCGCUGCCCACCGAACGUCACGGUGCAGCCUGCAUCAUCAAUGCGUCCAAUCGAAAUCAAGUUGAACGCGAUCGCGGGGGUGUACAAGACUCGCUAGCAACAAAGUCCUGCCGGUUUGCUGCGUUCAGCGGCUGCAGCAUUGUCUCGUGGAAGGUCUGUAGGGUAACUUGA